AUGUCGGCCGAGACGCAGCAGCAGCAGGCUUCCGCAGCCGACCCCAAGGCUCUCGCCAACGGUGCCGCCCCCGAGGCUGAGCCCGUGGCUUCCAUCGACGCCGCUUCGGCGCAAGAGCCCGCUUCGGAAACGGCCGCCGCCGGUGAAAACGGUGUCACUGGCCUCGAGGCCGACGUUGCUGGCCUCGUUAUCCAGCCCACAUCCGAGCUGCACCGCGCAUGUGCAGAGGGCCGCCUUGACGAUGUCCGCGUCCUCCUCCAGCGCGGCUCUGGCGAGCUCGAAAUGCUCGACAUGGCGACUGGCAUGACCCCGAUUGUGCUCGCCAUCCAGGCCGGUCACGUCGAUGUUGUUCGCGAGCUCUUGAAUGCGGGCGCCGUCGUCCCCCCUCCCCAGGUGACAAUGGACCCCAUCAUGCUCUCCAUCCUCUACCCCCAGCCCACCAUGUACGGCAUCCCCCCUCCGUUCGCCCAGAUGGCUCCUCCUCCGUUCUACCCUCCCCAGGGCUACUACCCGGCUCCCGUGAGGACGCCGCCUGGCGCUUCGCAGAACGGCGCUCCUAACGGCACCGCCAACGGCUCUGCCAACCUCCCGCCCGCCGAGGUCGCCAAGACCAUUCCUUGCCGCAACUUCCCCAACUGCAAGUACGGCGCGUCGUGCAUGUUCUUCCACCCCCGCAUGCAGCCUGGCUUCUUCCCCCCGGCCUACGGCUACGAGCAGGGCUUUGUUCCUUACCCCGGUACCGCACCCUUCUUCCCCGGUUCGCAGGAGUUUGUUACCGCCGCCAACGGAGCUCCCGUUGACGGCGCCGUUGUGGACGAGGCCGCUGCCGCCGACCCCAACGCUACCCAGCAUGACUCGAUACCCGCGCAGGCUCAGGCCGCGCAGACCCACGUUCCCUCGGCCGGUGCUCCGGCCUUUGUCCCCGGCAUGGCCGUCGAGCAGAAUGGCGCCUUUAUCGGCUCGCCUACUGGUGCUUAUGCCAUGGGCACCAUGUCUCCUUCCCUCCUGCCCACCCCGCCCCCUCCUAUGCCCAACGACCCGGCCUUCUUUGCCACUUCCCCGCCCCAGUUCCAGGCCUUUGUUCCAACGCCGUUCACCGCUGGUGGGCCCCCUACCAAGCCGUUCCACGGCAAGAAGCUCUCGUUCUCGGGUGGCCCCAAGCCUUGGGGUCCCGGCGGCCGCCCUGGUGGCUCGUCGCACCUUGGCCAGUGGAAGGACGGCCACCCUCCUCCAUGUGCCUUCUUCCGUGAGGGCAAGUGCCGCAACGGAGACAUUUGCAAGUUCCCUCACAUUGACGCCGAGGGCAACGACGUUCGUCACCCCGAUGUCAUCCGUGGCAUCAUGGCCCCGGCCCCGACCAGGCCACCCCCUCGUCAUCUCCGCAUGAUGGGCGGCGCCGGUCACUACGACCCCCGUCACCAGCAGAACCAGCUGCACUUUAACAAGUCUGCCCCCGCCCAGGUGGCCGAGACUCCCGAGGGUGAGGUUGCCGCUGCCGAUGCCGCUGCCGCGCCCGCCACUGAGGCUGCCCCCGCUGCUUCUGCUCCUGCCACUGCUGCCGCGUCCCCCUCGGUCGCGUCGGACAAGGAGGUCGCCCCGGCCUCGUCGCUGCCACCAAAGCCCUCGUCUUCGGUCCCCGCCUCGCGCUCAGCCUCGCAGCCUGGUGUUGCCCGCGUGCACGCCAACGGCGUCUCGUCGCGCUCGCACUCGCCCAACGGUGUCCGCCGCGGUCCCCGCGGCGCCUUCCCCAACGGCCAGGCCAACGGCUCGCGCUCGUCGUCGACCGGCGGCGAGAACAAAAAGGCCGUCCCUCCUCAGCGUAUCCCCCGCGCCGACGAGUUCCCCGCUCUGGGCAUCAACGGUGCCGUGACCCCCACGACUGAGCGCCGCGAGCCCUCGUGGGGCGCCAAGACGGCCGCCCAGGUCCUGAGUGCCCCGGCCCCGCCCAAGGCCGAGUCGUCUGAGACUUCAUCCGAGGCCGACGUCCCGGCCUCUGUCUCGGACAAGGAGGACGUCGCCGACGAGGUCGUCGUCAAGACGGCGUCAUCCACCGUCGACGACGUGACCAUGGACUCGGAGUCGGAGCAGGACGCCGUCAUCGUGUCCGUCUCGACCACCCCCAACCCCGAGGUGGCCAAGGCCAAGCUCGCUUCCGCCGUCUCGUUCGCGGCCGUCGCCAUGGCCACCACCGAGGCCGCCCCCGUCGCACUCAAGGCGUAA